UAGCAUUUGCAGCAGCCGGACAAAAGACAGCCCUUAUCGCUCACUGUUCGGCAACGGUUUAAGUUUGGCCUCCCAAACGCCUCCGUCAAUCCUGCGAAAGCGAUCACCCGUCAAUCGCUGCAACCACAGUGCAGGAGACAGCGAUGGCCAGCCUCGUCCAAGACGCGCUCGACUACGCCGCGGAGCAGACGCAGCAGGCCCUCGCCGCCCUAGGAAGCUCGACCACAAAGGAAACGACCGUCUGGAUGGACGGCGCCUUCGACGUGAUGCAUUUUGGGCACGCGAACGCGUUCCGCCAGGGCCGCACGCUCGGCACGCGUCUAGUCGUGGGCGUGAACUCGUCGAGCACCAUCGAGCAGGCGAAGGGCGCGCCACCCUUACUCACAGAUGAAGAAAGAUGCGCCGCGGUCAAAGCUUGUAAAUUUGUGGACGACGUCGUACCUCAUGUCCCUUAUGUGAUGAACGAGGCGUAUGUCAGAGACCUGCUCGAGAACAAGGGUAUCGACUACAUCGUGCACGGCGACGACCCGUGCAUCGUGGACGGGAAGGACGUCUACCAGGCCGCGAAGGACCUGGGAAGGUAUAAAACGAUACCGCGGACGGAGGGCGUGUCCACAACCGACUUAGUUGGUCGAUUAUUGAAAUUGGACGGCACGUCGCGGGCCUUCCUCGGCACGGCGCGCAUCCUUUCAUCAUUCUCCGAGGGCCUGCGGGCGCCUCGUCCAACGGAAAGAGUAGUGUAUGUGGCCGGCGCCUGGGACCUCUUCCACCCCGGCCAUUCAAAAUUCCUCGAGGCCUGUCGAGCAUGUGGCGAUUACCUGUUGGUGGGUGUCCAUGGGGAUGAAUGUGUAAAAGAGAGACGUCAUCGAUUGCCGCUCAUGAACCUGCAGGAACGCGUCCUCAGUGUCUUGGCCUGCCGCCACGUCGACGACGUGCUGAUCGACGCUCCCUUAAACAUCACGCCGGAGCUGUUGUCGACGUUCCGCGUUUCUACAGUGUGCCACGGCGGCACCGCGCCGCCCGGUGCGGGCGACAAGGCGCGCAAGGUCGCCUCGCCGUCGCCUCUGAAUUCAUCGACGCUCGCGGCGCGCGUCGAAAGUCGACGGGAGCAAUUACUGAAGAGGCACCGGAAGAAGGCCGCGGCCGAGGCCGAGUGGUACGCGGGGAAGGACGCGGCGCGCGCGUAAGUGUUUUUUUGUGGUG